AAUUCAGUCGCCGGAAGCCAGUUUUAAACUGAAAGCGGCAUGGUGUUUACAAACUAACAGAAGCUUCAACUGGUUGUUGACAUACGCACCCUGAGAUGGAUGUUAUAGAUGAUGCUGUUACUAUUCUGAGAGUUAUACUGGAUUAUGUAGGAGUUGAUGCAGAUGAUUUGGCUGACUAUGUACAUUUACUAUAUGUACGAGGAUGCGAUGCACAGAGAGAUAUGAGGGCCUCCCUUCGUAACAGAUGGGACGUAAGUGUGACCCAAAGAAGGCGACGCAUGAUCCAUAACUGGGUCAGGUGGCGGUCUGACAUCCGACACAGAAGUUUGGUCAGGAUUCUUGCCACAGCUAUUCCAACAAAGCCGCCAAAAAGACUAAAAAUCCAGCAACACUUGAUUCGACCCCGACGGCAGAGACAGGAUAGCUGGGGCAGCGACUCCUCCUUUCUUUCUCUGUGUACCAACGCUACCUCAGAGGGGGAUCCACUAUGGGUGGAGGAAGACCUAGGCAACAACCUCAUUCGAUUCAGGGCUAAGAGAGAGGACGGUGAGAGCGACACAGAACUGGAGAGUGUGUACGGAGAAGAGGAGGGAGAGGGGGAACCAGGGGAGGACUUGUUCACUGUUCGACCGGACGACAUGCCUCUGAUGAACUCCACCAUGAUCUCCUCUGUCUCCAUGACCUCUGACCCCCAAGCUGCCAGUAAACUGAACGCCCUACAGGACGAGCUGUCCAGUCUCCGACAACAGAUCGCCAUGUUGGUCAUCAACCAGGAGCAGAUCAACCGAUCUCAGUUAAUGCCUCCAUCGAAUACCAACUCAGUGGCACAGACACCUCCCCAGACUUCUGGAGUGCCCUGUGCCCCACCCCCUCCUCCCCCACCACCCCCACUUCCCCCGCUGAACACGUCAACACCAGUCAAGAAGGAACCCAGCUUAGAUGAAGUGUUAAGAAAGAAGUUGGAGAACAUAGAAGAAGACAGGGUAGAAAACAGAAACACUCCUGAUGUUGUGCCAACCGCCUCAACAACAAAGGUUCCCACCAUGUCUGAAGUGUUGAAAGGACUGGGAUCAGUGAAACUCAGAUCUAUCCAGAGGUCACCAGGUGGUACACCACUAAAGUCCAAAGUCCAGCCCCACACCACUGCUGACCCUGCCUCAAUGAUUGCCCUUGCCCUCCAGAAGAAGUUUGCCAACCAGAAUUUCCACAGUCCAGAAGUUGACAAGGAAAACGAAAAUCACGAUUUUAGUUCUGCUGAUGAGAACAGCCCUCAUGUGCCAAAAUCUUUUGCUGGAAAGAAAGCCAAGCGAAGAUCCCUCCUGUUUGAAGAGAGAAGGAAGAGCCUCAAUCCUCUUUGUGAUAUUAAUGUGUAAACUAACAGCUAUUGUUUGAGGAUGAACUUUUAAGACAGCAUGACUUUUAAUGGAAACACUUUAUUGCAAAGACAUAUCAAAAGAUGCUUGAACAUAGUACGGAGCAAGGCCAAAUUCUUUAGAGCUUUUAGGGAGAAAAUGUGUUUUAUGUUAAGAAGCGAUUUUAUACUAUUGUAUAAUGACAUCUUCUUUUUGCAAAAUUUGCAAGAAUACCAAAUACAUUUUUAACACUACAUUUCUCUUUUUAGCAUUAUAACUGCAAAUCAGCUCAUCUUUAGUUUAUCUUUAAAUAGUUUCAUUUUAUUUUAGAAACAAAGACUAUCAGUGCUAUUUUUGAUUCUACGUUAGUUGUUAUUGGAUACAAGCCUGAUGAUCAUCAAUAGUGGAAGAGGAUGAUAACUGCUUAAAUAUCAUUGUCAUUGCUGAAUAAACAUACAGCUAUUACACUGUAUAGUAAAACUCGUUUAGUACGAACAUGGAUAUUGCGAAUUUAUGGAUAUAACGAAGUCAUCUUGGAUCCCCAGCUAUGUAAAUUUUAUGAAUUUCUUAUAUGGUUAUAACGAAUUACGGAUAUAACGAAGUAAUUUCUUAGGUCCCAGUGACUUCGUUAUAACCGAGUUUUGCUGUACAUGCAUAAUAUAAUGGGUAUAGUCAAAAUUAUUGUCUCAAGGAAGGUGAGAGAAUUUGAAAACUAUUUUCAAGGGCAUAUCUUCUACCAAGGAGCAAUACUUUUGUUUCAUAAUUGGGCAUAAAAUAUUUGGUUUUUACAAAUAUCUAUAAUAUUUUAAAGCAAUUAAUUGAAUUUAUAAUUACUUUUUUAUAUGUACCAUUUGAUAUUUGCAGUGUUUCUCUUCCCAAGUUUGACAUUUCGGAUGAUAUUAUCAGGAAUUUUAUCUGACAACACAAGCAGUUUGUAUGAAAAAUACAUCUAGUUUUAGACCCUCAGGUUUGCUUCUGAAAAAACACCUUUGCCCUUUACAAAGAGUACAACACGAAGCCAGUGUAGUAAUUGGACACACUGCAUUCAUUAGUACCCCUUAGUUUGAAACUUACUGUUAGUUAGUGAGGUACAUUGUAGAUCCCAGAUGUGGUUUUACACAUCAAAUUCAGUACAAAUGUUUUAUAAUAUAUAUCAUAUAAUGUAAAGUUUUACAGGUGCAUUUCUGAGUAAAUAUCCUUUAUGAUGUUAA